UUAUCCCCCCUCUCUCUCUCCUCUCUCUCUCUCUCUUUCUCUUUUUCUCUAUUCGUUGAAUUGUAGCCUCUGCCAUCUCUCCUUCGCAUUCCAUUUCGAUUCCAUUCCGCCUCUUCUUUCUUACUUCUUUUAGGGUUAGGGUUUCUUGUGAUCAGAUCGGGCCUCGAUGGAGCGGCAGCAAGGGCAGGGAGCUAAGCCGGCCAAGCGCAAGCCUAUCUUCACCAAGGUGGACCAGCUGAAGCCCGGCACCAGCGGUCACACCCUAGUCGUCAAGGUCGUCACUUCCAACACUGUGCUCCACAAGGGCCGCCCCGCCGCAGCCCAUCUCCGCCCCACGCGGAUCGCCGAAUGCCUCAUCGGAGACGAGACCGCCUGCAUCGUCUUCACCGCCCGCAACGAGCAAGUUGACUUGUUGAAAACUGGCGCUACUGUCAUCCUGCGAAAUGCCAAGAUUGAUAUGUUCAAGGGCUGCAUGCGGCUUGCUGUCGAUAAAUGGGGCCGAAUCGAGGUUGCUGAACCAGCUAAUUUUGAGGUAAAGGCGGACAACAACUUAUCGCUGGUCGAAUAUGAGCUGGUGAAUGUUGGUGAAGAAUGAUUGAAGAAGAGAGAACGCAUACAAACUACUCUUAUGAUGGACGUGGUUUGAUGAACAUGCUUUUCUGACUUGCAUUUCGCAAUUAUAAACUUAUAUGAACCGUUAAGAGCGAUAGUUUAAGUUUAUACAAAGCUCACUAAUCCUUGUAGUACUUCUGUUGCUUCAUUGCCUCGUAUGGUACUUAUCCUAACUAUUUUGCAUGCAAACAAAGUUCUAUAUAAUGGAAUGAGUGUUCAUGUAAUUAUCUUUUAGUA